CGGUGAUCGGGGCGGGGAUAGGAGGCAGCGCCACGGCCCACUUCCUGCGCCAGCACUUCGGCCCUGAGGUGCAGGUGGACGUGUUUGAAAAGGGUGAGGUCGGGGGUCGUCUCGCCACCGUGACCGUCAAUCACAAUGACUACGAGUCUGGAGGUUCCAUCAUUCACUCCCUCAACCUCCACAUGCAGGAGUUUGUCAAACAACUCGGUAUGAAGUACCGUCGCAGCGUGGCGGGAAAGACGGCAGUGUUUAAUGGCAAGGAGAUGAUUCUGGAGGAGACAGACUGGUACCUGCUGGACCUGUUCCGACUGUGGUGGCGCUACGGCAUCAGCUUCAUACGCCUGCAGAUGUGGGUGGAGGAAAUUAUGGAGAAAUUUAUGAGGAUAUACAAGUACCAGGCCCAUGGCUACGCCUUCAGCUCGGUAGAGGAGCUGCUGGACUCUCUGGGAGGGAGUGGUUUCAUCAACAUGACACGAAGGCCGCUCUCCGAUUCGCUGCUGGAGCUGGGUGUGUCACAGCGCUUCAUCGACGAGGUGAUCGCACCCGUCAUGAGGGUCAACUACGGGCAGAACGUCAGCAUCCCAGCCUUCAUAGGUGCCGUGUCUUUAGCUGGUGCCCAGAACCACCAGUGGGCGGUGGAAGGAGGAAACAAGCUGGUGUGUUCUGGCCUGUUGAAGAUAGCUAACGCUAACCUGCUGCAGGCAGAAGUCAACACCAUCUCCCCCAUCCAGACAGGGGAGUCGCUCCAGUACCAGCUGAGCUUUACCACUGCAGCAGGAACUGAAUCAGAGCUGUAUGACAUCGUUGUGUUGGCGACGCCGCUCCCGGCCAGUGUCGAGUCUGGAGUCCAGUUCCAGGGUUUCACACCUCCCUUUGACCAGCUCCCCGGCAACUACCACAGCACUGUAGCAACCAUCGUCCACGGUUACCUCAACACCUCUUUCUUUGGCUUCCCCGACCCCCGCCUGUUCCCCUUCGCCAGCAUCUUGACAUCUGAGACACCCGAUGUGUUCUUCAACAGCGUGGCGAGCAUUUGCCCCGUCAACAUCUCGUCAGGGUUCCGGCGUAAGCAGCCUCAAGAGGCUGGAGUCUAUAAAGUAUUCUCGCCACAGCAUCUGGAAAAGUCUCAGCUCAAAACACUCUUCAGGUCGUACUACUCGGUGCAGGUGACAGAGUGGCAGCCCUACUCUCAUUACAGCAGCAGCCAGGGUCUGCCGCCUGUGGAGCUCCAUCCCAACCUCUACUACCUCAACGGCAUCGAGUGGGCUGGCAGUGCCAUGGAGAUGAGCUCAGUGGCUGCCAAGAACAUCGCCCUGCUGGCCUACCACCGCUGGAACAGACAGGUGGACAUGGUGGACCAGAGAGAUCUGAUGCACAGAAUCAAGACGGAAUUAUGACCAGAAAGUCACAACACGCUUAAUUGCGGAUACAUAUCCAAGUGUUUGUGGAGGGAGGUGGAGAGAUGGUUUCUGGGUAAUUGCGCAUCCAAAAAAAAAAAGGUCUUCAGGGGUGCAUUCGACUCUGAAGAGGUGAGAUCCAUCCCAGGACCCUCUGCCAGCGUGGAUUUGAAUGGACCAGGGCAUAUGGGGGUAUCAGCUCACACGCACUGCGUGAGUUUUGAGCCGAGAAGAAGAAUCUGUGAACUUCAGUUACUUCACUGGUGAUCGUCACACAUUCAUCAUUCAAACACUGUUCUUUGUUCUCAGUUUUUCUUGGAAAUAGAAAUUAAACAAAUGAGUCCAGGAAGCAACACAUCCGGCAGCGCUGCUCUGAGGUGGAAACUUAGGACGAGCUUGAUAAAACUUUUCUUGAGUCGGGUGCUGAUUGAGUUCUUGAAUUUUUCUAAAGAUACGUAAGAUAUAUCUUUAUACAUGUUAUAUACAGAACAAAAUAUGUUGCUGAUACAAACAGAAAAACAACUCAGUAAAAGCCGGUUUGAUUUUGCUAAUUGCAUCGUUGUCUGUGCCAGGGACACAUCAAAUAUAGUAUAUGAGGCAUGUUACCGUAUUGUUAAAUGAUUGGUUGGUAAUACUCGUGGUUGAAUUGUUGCUGCAGGCAGCUUUUCUCCAGGAAUGAGGAAACCAAGCAACAGUGGAAAACACCAGCUGAUAUUUAUCUCAGUAGAAAGUGAAUGCACUGAAUGGAGAUUGUUUUUUUUCAGAGUUGCUGGUGCUCUGUGUAAAUCAAUAUUCCUGUUUGCACGUCAAGACACUUUGACACUUGUCGGCUGAAGACUCAAAAGAGGAAUGAGACAGAUGAACGGCGGCUUUUUGUCUGUGCUGCAGCAGCUUGUGAUUUAACUUGAGGCACAUAAACCAGCAUUGACGUCUAAUCAGAAACAACUGCAGCAACGCCGUCACCUUCGGACUGGUGGAGAUGUCGUUAAUCUCAUUUCAGUAGCAUUUUUGCAAAGUAAUAAAAUAAUUAUUUAUUCUGACUCACAGUCGUUGCCACUGGUGCUCUGCUCUGUUUGACUAUUUCAUCAUCUCCCCUCUCCUCCUGCUUUAGUUGCACAAUCCUCUGGAAAAAAACAUCUUUCUUCAGUGAAGAAUUGAGCCAUCAAGCUCACUGGACAAAAUAAAAGCAGAGGACAGAUCUGUGGAUCUGCAGGGGGGCUGGAGCCAAUCCCAGUUAACAUUGGGCGAGAGGCAGGUUACACCCUGGAGGCCAAUAUAUACAGACAGUUCACAUUCACACAUACGGGCAGUUUCGACUCUCCAAUUAACCUAACCCGCAAUCUGCAUGUUUUUGGACUAUGGGAAAAUGCCAGAUUAUACCAAGCAAACACAUGAAGACAUGCAAACAGAAAGACCCCGGCCCAACCGGCAUUCGAACCGGGAACGUUCUGGCUGUUAGGCGACUGUGUUAAUGACCACUGUGCCACCCUUUUAUAAUAAGGUUGAGAAAACACAUGAAGAUAAAAUUAGAUAUACCACUUCCAACAAUGGAUAGUGUUGAAAAAGAUUUGGCGGCAUUAUAAGAAACCACCAACUGUUGUUUAUCUUCAAAACACUUUGAGAAAUGCCUUCUUUUAAAAAUGUACAUUUACUGUGGAUUACUGGACUGUUCACAUUAAAGGGCUUCAGUUGUGAUGUGACUGUGGCAUGUGAUAAGAAAACACUGCGACCCUUUAACCUGAAGAAAGUCUUUCCAAGAUGGAGUCAGAAAUGAAAAUAAAGGCUGUUUAUCUUUUGUUCUGCACAGCUGACGUUCAAGGAUUUACUGUAUGUAGAAAAAGUAUCCACUCGAUGUAAAAGAAAAGACAAAUAAACACAA